AAAACAUUAACAUUAAUACAAAUACACGAUGGUUACCAAUCUAAAUUUUGAAUCAGUCUCUUCCUUCUAAUCUAAAUAUUUUUUCAGAAAAAAGAAAAAAAUACAAAAACACGAUGAAUACGGAGUUGUCACAAGGUUGAGGUGCCAUAAACCAUAAUUGAUUCCUGUUUUGGUCGUAGCAGCAAUGUCCAGUGGUUGCAGCAUCAGAGCAAUCUGGAUUCUCAACAACCUCGACGCCGUCGCUUUCUCCAGGAGAUUCCCGGUAGUAGAGAAACGUUGGCGAAGUGCUUGCAAAACCAGCAACGAAAACAGCGAUCGAGUUUUCUCUUCUUUACCUACUGACUCUGACCUAGCUGAUGCUUUUCUCCACAGAAAACUUAGGGAAGGAUCUGCGCGAGGAUUCGGCAUACGAAAGAGUAAUUCAACUCUAGGAUCAGAUUCUUGGGUGGAUGAUCCGAUUACUCGGCAUAUAAUAGGUCUUUACAUUAACAAAGAAUUGGAGGAUGAUAAGAAUCUUUUGUGGCCGUUAAUCUUGCACAUAAGGGGGCAUCAUAGUGUCCUUGUUCUGCCGAUGGUCGAGCCUAGACAUGUAAAGGCUUAUGAAAAGUUAUGUAAAAGACCUGAAUGUGGUACCUCUCUUGGUCUCGAUGAUGGUUUGUCCUCCCUCUUGAUUGAACUUCCGGUAAUAACAGGGGCAUUUAUGAUUGCACAUGCCAUUGGUGAUAUAAUUAGUGGUGAUAUAGUAGAACCUGAAGUGAUAAUCGCUGCAGCUCCCUCUGUUGGUGGACUUUUUGAUUCAUUAACUGGUAGUAUAGGCAUAUCUUCCCGGGCCAAACCUGUAUCACCACAAGUUGCUUCUUCCUCUCCUAUGGGAACAGCUGGACAAGGAUCUGUCACAGCCGAUACUCCGAAAAUGGGGUCUAAGCCUUUAGACAAAGACGCACUCAGAACAUUUAUCAGUAGUUCAAUGCCCUUUGGCACACCCUUGGACCUUAAUUAUUCCAAUAUUUUUACCAUCAAGGCAAAUGGAUUUUCUGCUUCAGAUUUGGCCCCUACAGACCAGAAACAACCAGCAUGGAAGCCAUAUCUAUUCAAAGGAAAGCAGAGAAUGCUGUUUACGACUCAUGAGAUUGUUCAUGCGGCUCUCUAUGACAGAGAUGAGAUUCCGGACAAUAUAUCAGUUUCUGGUCAAAUUAAUUGUAGAGCUGAUCUGGAAGGGCUGCCAGAUGUAUCGUUUCCCUUAACCGGAUUAAACACAGCAAACCUUGAGGUUUCAUCAUACCAUCCUUGUGCUCAAGUUUCAGACCAAGGUCCAGAUAAGCAGGGGGUGGUGUUUUCUCCGCCAUUAGGUAAUUUUGUGUUGAUGCGAUAUCAGGCAACUUGUGCUCUUGGACCUCCUGUAAAGGGAUUUUAUCAGUUGUCAAUGGUUUCCGAGGAUAAAGGUGCAUUUCUAUUUAAGUUACGUCUAAUGGAAGGUUAUAAGUCUCCUUUGACAAUGGAGUUCUGUACUGUGACUAUGCCCUUUCCUAGGAGGAAGAUUAUUUCCUUGGACGGUACUCCUUCCAUGGGAACAGUUUCAACUUCAGAGCACUCUGUUGAAUGGAAAAUCGUGACAAGUGGACGGGGACUGAGUGGAAAAAGUAUUGAAGUGACAUUCCCAGGAACACUCAAGUUUGCACCAUGGAAAAACCAAGUGGUGUCUUCCUCUGGGUCAGUCUUUGGAACGAUUGUUGACGAGGAUAGUGAUAACGAGGCAGAAAAUGCUAGCAACAUGGUUAAUGAAGAACAUUUGAUGGAGAAAAUGAACAAGGAUCUUCCUCCGGUUGAUCUAGAGGAGCCAUUUUGCUGGCUAGCAUACAAUUAUGCUAAAGUAUCAUUCAAGAUUGUUGGGGCAUCACUAUCUGGAAUUUCCAUUGAUUCGAAAUCGUUAAGCAUCUAUCCAGCCGUAAAAGCACCGGUCGAGUUUUCAACUCAGGUUACUUCUGGGGACUAUAUUUUAUGGAAUACUCUUGGUAAGUGCCCAUAUGUUGCUACAGUGUAAAAAUUGGAAUGGCUCUGGAGGGGCAUCUGAAUCUGAAUGGAGGUGGCACCAAAUGAUAUUCAUAGAAACUCUGAUCAUGUUUUUUAAUUCUGAGUUGCCACUUGAGUCAAUUAUGCAGAUUGCCUGAUAAAUAAUUAAACAAUUGGAGUGUAUCUUCAACUUUCCAUUUCUUGUAAUUUUUAAAGUUAAAAUCUAUUCAUUUUAGAUUUAAAUCAAAUAUAUUUUUGUC